GUUUGAAAGAAGUGGUGAUUUAUUUCUAUAUAAAUAUAAAGAAUUAAUAUAAAAAAAAUAUGGCUAAUCCGAAUUUAACUGAUAUGACAGAGGAAGACGCGGCAGAUUUACAAUUUCCAAAAGACUGCUCAUCGAGUAGAACAGAAAAGAUCGAGCGUAACGUAGAACUCGACGUGUCAGUCGUGAAGGAUGAAAUCAUUACUUCAGACCCAAUAUGCCGUGUAUGUAAAUCUGCAUUGACAGAACCGUAUAUUCGUUGUGCUGUGUGUAGUAGUAUGGAACUGUGUCCCUCUUGUUUCUCUAAUGGAUCAGAAAUUGGCAAUCAUAGAAAUGAUCAUGACUAUAUCAUCAUAAAAAACGAAUUUCCUUUAAUCGAGGAAAGUGGUUGGACAGCGAAACAAGAAUUAGAAUUACUAGAUGUUUUACUGGAGUGCGGUUUUGGCAAUUGGAUUGACAUGGCGAAACGAAUGCAAGACAAAUCACCAGAAGAAUGUAAAAAUCAUUAUCUUCAAUAUUAUAUAGAUAAUCAAGCAUUACCAGGAUUGCCAAAAAUUGAAGAAACAAGAGCUAGUUUGUUUGAAUGUGAAUCCAUUCCUUAUUUAUAUAAAUUGCAAGAUUUAGAAGAACCUCCUCGAUUUGCACCUAAUACCCUUAAUUGUAAACUUUUGGCUGGAUAUAAUCCAGCAAGAUCAGAUUUUGAAGUGAAUUUUGAUAAUCACGCAGAAUUAUUAAUUUCUGAUUUAAACUAUAAUGAAUUUGCUAUAAAUGAUGAAAAUUAUGAAUUAGGAAAAACAUUGCAAAUAGCUAUAGUACAAGCAUAUAAUAAUAGACUAAAAGAACGUAUGAGAAGAAGAAAGAUUAUACGUAAUCAUGGAUUGAUAGCAUUUAGAAGAACUAUAUCUUGGAUACAAAGAUACGAAUGUACAAUAACUAGACCUAUUGUAGAAAGAUUAUUAAUUUACAUGCAAUUAUUAGGAGGUAUAGAAUUUGAUUACUUCAUGGAAGGUUUACACAGAGCAGGAGAGCUUAAAAAUUAUAUUAAUAAAUUAUUUGAAUUUCGCACUAAUGGUUUAAAGUAUUUUCAUAGUGUUCCAAUGUUCCAAAAAUUAAGUAAACUUAGACAGGAAAAUGAAAAGGAAAGAAAACAAUAUUUAAAUAAUCCCGAAUAUAGUUGGAAGACUAUAUUACCCGGAUGUAAUAUUAGUUUUAAUAAUUCUAUGUCAAAUACAAUUUCACAACGAAAAGCGGCACCACCACUUGCAAUUAAAGGUCUUCCAGGAUACGAAAAAUUAACCCCGGCUGAAAAAGAACUUUGCUCAGUUACGCGUAUAGUUCCUACCAAUUAUCUUGAUUUUAAACAAAUUUUAAUAGCGGAAAAUAAAAAAUCUGGUUGCCUUAGAUUGGCACAAGCUAGAGUUUUACUUAAGAUUGACGUAAAUAAAACGCGAAAAAUAUACGAUUUUCUUACGGAGAAAGGAUAUAUAAAUAAACCGAAUCAAUGACAUACAUUUUGUUAAUAUAACUAAAAUACGUAAGUUUUGUGCAUUAUUACUUCGUAAGUAUAUAUUGGAUUGUGAUAUUACAUAUUAAGAAUUUAAAAAAUCGACUGAAAAUAAUAAUGUAUCAUUAAAAUG